UCUCGACAUCAUUGUACCUGUAUUUGUACCACUUUGGUACAGACACAGGUGGGUGGUUAUUUACGUUGUACGAAGGCGGAAUAGCCUCAUGAAUAAGUUGAUACUUAGGGCCGGAGUCUGCUGUAACAACGACCUUUCCCGCCUUCUACGGCGGAUUUAAGACUUCCGUGCUAGCAAGCGAGCCGCCAAUGCGAAUUCUUCGGCUCGGCUCUAAGGGGCGAACCUCUUUUUCUCUUCUCACUAGGUACCUUUCGUACCUACGACAGCCGACGAAGCAACGUCAGCUAAGUUAUAACCUUACUUGGACCGAACAGGACGCGACAGUGUUUGUACAUAUGCGUAUCGGCGCAGAUCACACUGCCAGAAACUCUCCUCUCCCACUCUGUCCAGUGUUCUCUAUCGCCCUUUAAGUUCUCACGAUGUUUGCGCUGUGGAUAUCUUCAGCACGCACCUCCAGCAUCACGCCACGAAACCCCAGAUGUGUCAGUCGAAACAAGCACUCCCAGGGGUCCCAGCCCGCCCAACGGGGCAUUCGCUCUCUCGCAACCAAUACAUUUAUUUUCCCAAGCCAGAGCAAGCGAGGUCCCCUGCCAAAUAUGCAUGCUGCGGCAAUGCCGUGGCCUGUCAAUGUCUGAGAUCGAGUUCCAGCGUCGCUUGUCUGGCGAGACUGGGACUAGCCUGGUGCAGCACCGUUUUGAUUUUGACGGCAGCUAAAUCGAGAUGGUGAUGGUGACUGUUCGACGUUUGGGCGUUGGACGCGGCGCUGAGUGGAUGGCCUUCUGGAUGCCAGAGAAUUUCCUCUUGGCUGCUUCCUGCGUACGUGCGUCUGUGGGUAUCGUGUGGAUACCAAGGUAUGGAGUGGAUGCGAGCCCGUGACCAGUGUCCAGAGCGAGUGGUGGGCGACUGGCGGUCCAGUCCAGUCCAGUCUCAUAGUUUUUGUGUCUCUCUCUGUCUCUGCUUGCUCAACCCACUUCCUGGUAUCAACAGCCUCUGAUAGUGUCGCCGGCGGUCUACUAUACUGUACUCUACGAGAAGUUGCUGGCUGCACUUGUACGAACGGCUCAACGAUCGAUCACGAUGUCUAGUUCUUGAACUUUUAAUUUCUUUCAAUCCAGACCCCCAUAGAUUGGGCUUUUCUCUAUAAUAUUACUUUCUUUACUUUGUCUACUUCGUUAAUUACCCCUCGCCGCGAUGGCUAUUUCUGAUGCCGUACAGACCCUUUCGGCGGCAUUCGCUUUUGGGAUAUUACUUCAGGCCGCGACGGGCGCUCUUUUCAUAUACUACCGAGGUCAUGGCUCGACCAUAUUUCAGGACGGCCGGAGGCUGGUCCUCAUUCUUUUCCUGUUGUUCGCCGCCCUGUGGGCGCAAAUUCAAUUCCUCAAUCUCCUUCUUGCGGACACCAUGGCGACGGCCUGCCAAGCAACCCUAAUCAUCUCGACGAUGUUCGAUCAGCUGGCGCGGGUCGGCAUAGAGCAGUUUCUGAUGUGGUCCAUCGGGCAUGGAACGAAGCUUACGGCGGAGCGUCUGAUUCUUCAAGGCAUAUUACUGCUUAGGGUUGUGGGUGGUGGAGUGCUGGUGGGCUUUACGAGACCGCAGUUUAAGCCAGUGUGUGUGGCGCAGACAAUGAUUUCACCUCUUGCUGUGGUUGUCCUGGCGGUUGAUGCGAUUAUCAUUGGGGUCUUGAUGGUGAGGGCGAUGUCGCUGGGCAUGUCCAAGGAAAUGCGGGAGAAGAGCUCGAGUACGAGACAGGAGCAGAGCAAGGCGUUGAUCUUCACCAUCAUUGGGCUUGCAAUUUGGACCGCUACCAGUGUGCCCAUGAUCCUUGGGGUUCCAACAAUCAUACUCAUGGUCCGAACGGUUGUUCCAGCAAACGGGUUGCUGAUUCUCGUUGGUAUCGUGACUAUGUUCCCAGGGGCUUUGCUUCUGGCAAGAGAAGAGAACGGCACAACUCCCGAGGCGAGAUCUCCUUUCGUGACACCGGCGCCACCACGCGAAUUGUUUGGAGAUAACGUCCCCAAUAACGGAUCUCCAGUCUCUACUAACAAUACGUUCACCAAGAACGGAAGCUUGUUCGUGGUCAACCCAUCGACUCCACACGACUCACCAACUGCUGUGUUUCAGAGCAGCUUUCGGAGGGAUACGAGGGGAUUUACGAAGCUUGGAAACGAGAUUGAUGUACACGAGAUUGACGACAAUCCUGUAGAAAGACCAGAUCGUAUUGGCGUUAAAGGUCCCGGAUACCGUGGCUCCAGUGGAGUUUUCCCAUCCAUGGUUGCUGCUUCUCAGACUGGUGUUCAAGCAGCUCUUGCGCCUCAGAUCAGACCGGCCGUACCAGCGAAGCCACAGCAGUCGGCAACAUUCCUAGCACCCGCUGCUCAACAGAAGCGUUCCAUGUUCAACUGGGGGAAAUCCGCACCAGCAAAGCCAAAUAUCCGUGCUUUAGGAAUCUCGAACCCGGUAUCCCUUGAUGUUGAUGGAGCAGCAGCUCAGCCAUUUGCUAAGAUACAGACAAUUGAUCUAGCAACAGCGGCAUCUAUGGAGCGCGAACGUCGGGAGGAAGCCUCGGCCAGAGCAAAGCUUGUCGCAAACAGACCGGCUCCCCAACCACCUCAAUUUCUAACGCAAGAAGCUCUGCGUCGAAGUGUCAGUGUCAAGCGGAAAGAGAUGCCACCUCUUCCGAAAGAAGCAACGCCAACUGUACCAGUACCAUCUAUAUCCGGAAUUUCGGUGGUCGCUACAAACGGAACCAGUAGCUCCGCUUCGCUUUCCCCUGCUCGUGAAGAGGUUCGUCGGAGGUCACCCAGACAAGCUAACAGCUUCGACCAGACUUUCAACGAGAAGACAGUUCAACCAAUCUUGCAGAGAAAGAGAACAGUUGGACUUCCUUCCAAUCCUAGGUCGACAAGAAUCACGAUGGCGCACGAGGCUGCGAUGGCUAAGCCCCAGACUGUUAUGCUGAUGAAUGAUGUCGUUUACGAUAACCCAGGACUCGUCAAGACGAUUAUCCAGGAGGCCCCUAGUAUUUACGCUGCUGCGCAGAAGAAGGAUUUCGAGAAGUCCGCAUUUUCUGAGACUACAGUAUCCUUGAAGUCGGCGAACUCGGUCAUUCAUAGACCAAGGCCUUAUAAGCGAGAUAAACAAGAUGAUCGUGCUCUGUUCCCAAGCGAGCCAUCGCCUGGCCACAGGAGGAGCAGAUCUGGAUCUUCUAUUACGCCAAGGAAAUCGUUUUUGACGUCUCAGCCCGGAAGCCCAACUCUACUACCUCGACUUCCGCCUUUACCACAACGUCCGAUCACGAGCGCAGCUGGAUUGAAGCGACUACUACCAAAUGACACGAAGAGCAUGACUUUUGAUGAGAAGAUCGAGUUACUGUUCCCAGCUCCUCCGGGAUCCACUUCAAGGCAUAGCCGACGAUCAUCAGUUCCAUCGCUUCCUCGUCUGCCCUCUGUCUACAUGGCGGAGACACCAAUGAUUCAAAGUCCAGUCGAGGAGGGAUUGCAAAGCCGCCGAGCUUCCAAGCGCACAACUAUAGCAUCAUUUGCCAUUCCUGAGACUAAUCUUCGCCCUAGAUCACCAAAGAGGCAAACUACUCGUCCUGAAGAGUCCGAAGUAUAUCGUUUCAGUGCAAAUACAUACAGAAGUAUUGCUGAUGAGGUUGGAGAGAUGUGGAUUCCUGGUAUUGCCGAUGAAAACGUCGAUACGCGAAACAGCCUUGUCAAGGAUCCAGAAAGGCAGUCUGUUCUCGGUGACAUGCGUAAAUCGCAUUGGACUGAAGCUAGUGAUGAGAGUUCGCAAGAGGAUGCCACGACUUACUGGGGAUCUGUUCACUCCGAAGUACCGCAAAUUGAUCUUGCGAAGGCAAGGCAGAACGCCAACUCCCUCUAUAUCCAACGACCAGACGCUCGACAACAGAGAAACAGCUCACAGAAUGUUCCUUCGUUGCCACAGCCAGACUAUGAUCUUAGAAGGUGUGAGGCUUUCGUGCCCUUGAUGCUCGACGCCGAAGCACAAAGAGGAUCUUUCCUGUUCAAUGCAGAUGACAACCGUAAGUCUUUCUUGCUUGAUGCGGAUCAAUCGUUACCUGGCGACAAAACACCAUCAGUCGUCAAGAAUGAGAAUGGAUGGCACCAUAGAAUCGGUGACGAGCUUCCCACAUUCUCAGAACGAUCACACUCGCGGUCACGCUCAAACGGCCGCAAAAUGCCACCUCCAACACCGCUUCUUCUCAACAAGACCGGAAAGAAGGCAACGGUGGUCGUUCAUCCAUCUGAGAUUUCUCCUCCUACAGAUUCCCCCGAGCGAGCAAUCGCCGAUAUUCAGGCUCAACUCAAGCGAUUUGAGGAUGAGCCUAGCCGAGGAUCAGUCGGCUCCCUCCUGAGGCGGAUACCUGGUACUGAAACCGAAGCAGCUCCAGACUCUGGCCACUUCAGACUCCUCGAGAACUUGGAGAAGGAGAUGGGUCAACAAGAGACACAUUGGCAACGGAUGCAAACCAAUCUCGACCGUGACUCCAUGUCUCAAGCCAUGUCGCCAUAUACCCAAGCGCAGUCAGAAGAUUCAGAAGGAACACUCACACGUGAAUCUUCCCAAAGAUCCAUUCGUACCCCAUCGAAGAUCUUGGCCAGACGUGCUCGUGUCCGGAGCAGCAUGACAGUAUCCGAACGCACCACGUCUACGCAAAGUUCCGAUAACUCUCGAGCCAGUAUUUGGCAACAGAGACUCGCAGAAGCUCAAAUGGAAUACAUGGACAACGCACCUGCCUUACUCCGCAAAAAGAGCUUGAACUUCCUUUCCGUCUCGAAAGGGCAGGCGACAAUCACGAGUCCUACACCUCCCGAAAGUGUUAAGUCAGAGACCGAUCUCGAGACCGAAUCCGAGUCCGACUCUGAUACGGAAGCCAUGAUGAAGUAUCAAGCUCCACAGGUGCAGGCAAAGAAGGCCAAGGCGCAACUUUGGCAGCCAUCGCUUCCAUCGCCCAAAGCUGCCUCUGGACGUCUGUGGAACUUCCCAUAUGAUACUCCAAGCACGGAAGCUGUUGCCCAGCCACCCGCGAGAGAUGUACGACCAGCACAACGCCGUCUCGUGGCUUCCCUUUCCAUCUCUACUAAAAACCUGUGGUCCAAGCCGCGAUCAUCGCCACACAGCAUACCAGUUGUUGGCCUUUGGGGUUCCAAGCCUGUUCGUCCUCGGAGCAUAACUACUCGACCUCUAACACAACGACCACAGCGCAAGUCUAGGCGUAUCACAUUCCUACCAGAUAUUGUCGAGAGUCCUGUACCUCUACCAAAUAAGAGGGACACUCUUGGUAUCUUCCAGUUUCCAUGGGGUGAGACUUCUGAUCAGCCAACCUACCAACCAGCUUUCAACCCUGCAAUGAUUUCAGGUUCAGUUGGCCCAGCACUAGCACCAAAUCUAGAUGCUCGAUCGAAGGAACUCGAGCCUGAUUUCCCCGAGUACUCAUCUUCAUUCUUCGACGACUAUGAGGAAGAAGAUGAAGACUUGGAUAUCGAGAGCGAUGACGACUUUGAUGAGACUACCUUGUGGGAAAUUGCAGACUUGUUGAACUCGAGAGAUGUUCCUUCGAAGGACAGCCUUCUCCCUCAGCCUAGAUCAAUCAUCGAUGACUAUGAUAUUGGCUCCGACCCAGAGAGCCCAGAUGCUGCAGCUCCACCUCCAGUCAGCCGCCUGCCUAUUCAACCACUUGCUGUGAAGACCCGACCUGUGCCACAAUUAUGGGCUGGAGAUGUUUCUCCACCUGUUGAAAGUGCUGCACGAGGUCUUCCACAACCUGAAUCUGCUGUCUGGAAUGCUCUUGUUACAGCAAAGGAUGAUACUGUAAGAUCGAAGCCACGCUCGACUUUAUCCAUGCCAGAGCUGUCAUCCACGGAUCUCUGGACUGUACCUGAGGCAGAGACUUCCCUGACACAUGCUUCUUUCAUGUGGAGUAGUGAUGCAGCUGCCGACAUUUCUUCUGUAUCAACUUCUGCUUCUGUAUCAGAAGUCAGCUCGCCAACACUGAUGUGGUCCCCCCAGGCAUUGGUCUCCAACGAACGAGCCUCUGGCAUGUUUACUAUUCCCUCAGAGGUCAUCCGCUCCACAAAUGCAAGCCCAGCUGCAAUCGAGAUGGUCAAAGCAGCCCGCCCAUCUGCAGGUGGACCUCUCACUAUCUCCUCAAAGAACAUGUGGACUCGCCUACAAGACUUCGAGGAGGCUGAUAGCUGGAUCUCGAAGUCUAGCUUCCCAAGACACGUGCAACCCAAGAAUGUCUCAAGUCUUAUGUGGACUUCAGCCACGAAGACCUCAGAUGUUGUCGUCCUAGGCCUCUUCGAUGCUUCUACUCUGCGAUCGGAUUAUCGAUCAACCGAGGCCAUGCCUGCUGCAAUCAAUAUGAUCUGCAAGCCACGAACAUUAUCGACACCCUUAACUAAACUUACCUCUACCAAGCUGUGGACUUGUGGCCAGGACAAAUUUCCAGUUGAGCAUCACUGGAUCACAGAAUCAUCCAUCCGUCCAGACAGCCCAACCUACUCGGUAACAUCCUCUGGUGAAUCAUCCCCAAUUUCAGACUCUUCAUCAGUGAAGUCAACCAGCACUAAGGCGUCAUCUAUCUGGUCUGCCUCAGUCUCAGCCAUACCUUCCUGGUGGGACCGAAAGGCAAAGAAGCCAUCUGCUCCCUCCCCAGUAGAAGACUCGAAGCAUCCUUCGAAGCUUCCGGUUCGUCAAGCACCAACACCCUUGGUUCCUGUCAGAGAAUCAAGAGUCCUCGCAUCACGCGAUCUUUGGGAGUCAAGAGCACCAGUCCUCGAGAAUACACCUGCGAAGAAGGGUCGUCGCGGAACGAUGGUCCAGCAAACAGCCAUCCCGGUGCUCAAGGCUGCUCCCUCUCAAUACAGAAGACCUGUUGCUGUCAACGCAGAUUGGGCUGAUGCUCUUGCUGAAGCUGUUGCCGCUGGUAGAGUAAAGAAGACCAGCACCCGUCCAGUCACCAGUGAGGCUGAUUGGGAGUCUGCUCUCUCUGAGGCUGUUGCUUUGUCCAAGCCCCGCUUCCAACGCUCAGUCUCAAGUGAAUCAGAUUGGGAGUCAGCACUUGCUGAAGCAGUUUCUCAAUCCACACCUCGUCUUCAACGCCCUGCUUACAGCCAAGCGAAGUGGGAGGCCGCUCUCGACGAAGCAAUAAUUGCCAGCACUACCAUGCUAUCGUACGACCCUGCUGUGCUCCAUCCGGUUUUCUUCACGAGCUCGCUCAUCUCAAGUGUGAGUGACAUCCACCCAGCUGCCAUGGGUUACUUCACCCAGAAGUCGGCUCAACCAGCUAUGUGGAUGCCUACAUCGGAACCCACCACUCGAAAGGAGACUAUGCUCUGGUCCAAGAACACCAUCGUCCCCCGCAAUACACCAGUAGAGAUGAAAUUGAGCGGGGAACCUGUCCGGAAAGCUCCAGUUGCCAGACAAGUCGAGUUGCCAGUGUUGGAAUCCAACUCUUUCUGGCAAUCAAGCCAGAUUGUACCAACUCAGCGUGACUGGUUGGCCCCUACUAGCAAGACAUCGUUGCUCUGGUCAAAAAGCGACGCAUCUGCGACGCCUAUGAUGAAGCUUAGCGGUGAGGCUCGACGCACAACACCAGUGGUCAGAAACAUCGAACUGCCAAUCUUGGAGUCCAGCUCUUUCUGGCAGCCAAGUCAAGUUAAACCAACACAGAAGAACUGGUUGGCUACUUCUGUUAACAAUACACCUUCAGCUCAGACCUGGACCCCAAGUGUCGUGUCGCAUGUUGUGGAUGCUACAGAAAGUAACACCAUGUGGACAGCCAAGAAGGAAUCAUCAGCAUCAAAACCAGAUAUCUUUAAACACGCUAAAGGUGCUCAUAUCAGGCAGACCUCGCCAGCCCGACCAGCCACCCUUCCCCGUCUGAACUCCAACGAGCUCUUUGACUUCUCGAUAACCGCUACACAAAAGGCACAAACAAACUGGCUACACUCGACCUCGGCUGCGGCACCUGCACCAAAGUCCCUGACCUGGACCACACCAACAGCCCAAUCCACUGAGCCAGAUACUCAGAAAUUCGGCAUGUGGCAACCCCAAUCCACUGCCACGUUGACUUCACCAGCGUUGUUCACGAAUCCUCACAGCCAGCCAUGGGUCCGAACAAAGCGUACCGAUGAGGCGCUAGGUUUGACUGGGACUGAGAUUGAAAGUUCGGAUUUAUGGCGCCCGUCCAUGGCUUUGCCGGAAAGUCCUAAGAACUGGCUCGUGAAGAAAAGGUUCUCCAGAGUGGAGUUCAGAUAUUGAAUGAGUGUGCAAAGAGAGAGCGCGAACAGAUGAGUGCAUAUAUCGCACGUCAUUACUACUUUAUUUCUUUUGUCAUGAAUGUUUGGAUAUAGGAGAUAGUGAAGUGCAGUGGGAAGUAAAGUCCUGCUUGCGGAUACCCGACCUGUUGACAUGGGGGGAAUUGGGAGGAGUUUUUGAAGGGACUGGAGCGAGGGAAUAACCACGAAGGAAUGACAUGCUUGAAUGAAUCUCGCUGUUGUGUGUAACAUUAUCAAUCAAUCAAUAUAUGAAUUACAUUUUUGCA